CUCCUCUGCUGCUGCUACUGCCGUCUUCAAUCCAAUCUGCGGCCUGCAUGAACGCGUUCCGGUGCCGCACCGUCUCAUUGUCCCACUCCUCAUACAACCUACUCUCGAUUGAGCCAAACACGGAUGCAUACAGGCUAGUGUAGACUCGAAACGGAGCCUUUUCUCUCCCCUCCCGAACAGCUGCGAUGGGGAAUUUGUUGUUGGUUUCCAGGCCGUGUUAGUGUGAAACAGAGUCGAGCUUUGUUGUUUGGAGUGCUUUUUGGCGCAUUACUCUGCAUUUCAGUGCGUCUCAACGUUCGAUGAUAGUGGAUAUUUGGCGGAGGAUCGGUGGAUAUUGAAACUUGUACGGAGUGAGGGAUGCCGGGUGUCGUUGACAGGCUCUUUGCGGUAGUAUUGAGCGAGAGAGCGUGCUCGUGUGGUGAUUCGAAGUGUAGCCUGAUAGUGUGGAGUGUCAUUUGGCGAUGUGUCUGUGGAGCGAGAGCUGAGGAUAUUGCAGUUUCUGGUGUGUAUAUCUUUAAUGUCGUGUUGGAGUGAAGGGCGACGUUUGCAGUGGUGACCAUCGUGCUUUUGUGAUGACGUAUGGCUCGGUUCUAGGUACUAGUGGUCCGUUGUAAGGGAAUGUGGAGUGCAGAAAGUGCCAAGUAUAACUUUUGUUGAUACCGCGCUGCGAUUGUGUUCAUAAACACGCAUAUGCUUUGUACGUUGUGAGCCUUUGAGAUUUCCUGAUAAGCUGCUCGAGCUUGUGGGUGCACGUGAGAGGAAUUGUAGCUUUGUCCGAUGCUUCCUUUCAAGCUAGACGUACUGGCGCUUCGUAUGCCAUUGAGUCUUUAAAGGUGCCAACCGUGAACUGGUGGAUCACUUGCCAUGGAGGAGAGGCUGCUUACUCGGUGGGUUACAACCUAGAAGAUUGAGGUGGCUUCAUCUUUUUGGAUGUGUGGAAGAUCAAGAUUUCAUUGCUGGUUCAAGGCUACAGACUUUGCACAAGAAACGUGGAGUUGUGCUGUUAAAGUCGCCUCUUUUACCCUACUAUGCCAGAUGCAGACGACGAGGAUUUGCAAACAAAGUCAUAUAGGAAUAUUAAAAUGAAGGGAACAAAGGAUGAAAAAGCCGAUGGGAGUAAGGGAGCUGGAACUGCCCUUUUCCCCCGGCUUCAUGUAGCAGAGACGAAAAAGGCAGGUCCACGGGGUCCACCCCGCAACAAGAUGGCUCUUUAUGAGCAGCUCGCUGUUCCAUCGCGAUACAAGCAAUCUCCGAUGCUCCUGCCCUCCUCUGGUCGCAUGGUGACUACUCCUUCCAUGACGACUUCAAUAUUCCAACCGCAGGCACAAGCUUCAUCUUAUGAUAGUAGGUAUUCGUACAUGCCCAUGAGUUAUAUGAGUCCUACCGUCAUUCCCACAAUGGCAUACAUGCCCAUAAUGAAUGUGGGACUCUACGGUGUUGGAGUUGGGGAUGGAGCUGCACCUACAUCUUCUAGGAAUGCCAGCAGUACCAGAAGCACUGUUGUGGACGGGACAACAGAAUCACAGCCAGCUCCAUGGGGUGGGGAAACCCUCUCCCGUGGAAAUAUUUCAUCUGGUUAUUCGAAGCAAUCUUUGCCCAGCAGGAAAGGGAAGGAAGACGACGACUUUGCGGUACCUACUUACUCGGCCACACAAGCGAGAAGUCAGACGAGACCGUCCAUAAAUCCCCCUCAGGUUCCUCAAACCCUCAGGGGUGGCGGCGGGGAUGUGCGUAAAGGCAAGGAGUUGGUAACGGAUAAGCGAUCUCCAGCAUGCUCGACUCAACUACGGCGGACAAGAAAGGAGAGAAGCAUGGAGGAUGAUGCUAGCUGGACGUCUGCUAGUGUCGAAUGCUUGACUGCCUCUGCUAUCGAUAAUGAUGUUAACAUUCAAGACAUCAGCAAUAGAAAGGUGGAAUUUGGUCCCAGAGAACGUGAAGGCGGUCAGACUAAGCUUUAUCCGGUUGGAAUUGGGCUGGACAUAGCCAAGGGGCAGAAGGCUGAUGGAGAACAGAGCUGCGCAAACCUCGCCAAACCCUCAGACGCCCGUGCUGCCGCUGCCCUUCCGGAUUCAGUGCAUGAGGAUGGAGGCUUGAGAGUUGUGCCUGAGCAAGAUAUCUUCAGCAGUCAAAGCUCGGAAAACCGAAGCGGUGAGGCAUCCGAAUUUUCUCAGCGAAAAAGAGGUGGCAGUGCGGAGACAGAGUCGUCAAUGCUAGAGAAUUUACCACCCGGUUCCAUUUGUUUUCGAGAUGUAGUGGAUGCUUUCGGCCAGCAAGAGUUUUGGAAGUCCCAGAAGACAAUCAUGAGACAACAAAAGCUCUUUUCACGACAGGUCUUUGAACUCCACCGGCUCAUUGAAGUGCAGCACCUCCUUGCAAAAUCACCGAGUCUAUCCCAUAACCUUGAUGACGUUCUAGAAGCAGAAGGCGACAAUGUGCCCCUGCCUUCCAGUCCGGUGGCUGAAGUCCCUGAGAUUCCAGAUUUUCCAGAGAGCUCAGGAAGACUCCUAGAAAGGGAAGUCAGCCGUUUUUCCGAGGAAAUCUCAAGACCAGUUUCAGAAUCACGUUCUCAACCCUUGCAGCUCCCACCAUCCAUAACCUCUCAACAGAAUUUUAAUUCUGGAGCUGCGUGGCAGGCCGCGCCUUAUUCUUCAAAUCCAUACGCCGCAAGGAUAUCACCGCCUUACAUGUAUGUACCAUAUCCAGGGCCUUGCUCUCCUGGCUAUGGAGUAUAUCCUAUGAUGGGUGCACCGAUGUCCAUGUAUGGAAACUCAGGAGGAAUGCAGGCUUCUAGAUUUCCAAUUUGGCAGCAGCCAGGUAUGUCUCAGCCCUGGUGUCCCCAAGAUCCUACAGCGGCGGCGGCAGCAGCAGCAGCAGCAGUCUGGUAUGGUCAACAGGUGGUUCCAGGAGGACCUACACCAACCAUGGGGGUUGUUUCUCUCGGAACUAACUCUGAACGUCUAACAUCUUCUAGAGCUACUAGACCGCUCCAAGGAAGCAAUGCACUCAAGGGAAAUGCUUGGCAAGGUGAGGAGACUACUGAUGUAGAAGUUAAACGCUCCAACCCAGUGAAUGCUGUUGAGAAUUCCGGACGGACUAAAGACCGGGGGACUACGGAAAACCGAUGGGACCGUGAGGAGCCAUAUACGUCGCAAAAUAAUCAAUGCGGUGCAGUUCCUCAAAGUGGUGAGAUACAGUGUCGAGAUUAUUUCACUGGACGUGAAGAGACUGGUGGUGGGCUUGGGCAACCAAGCGACGUAGGUCGGAUGGUUGAACGCGAAGAACAUAGAGGGGAGCACUCCUGUCGGGGAGGUGAACCUUUUGGUCUUGGAGAGGAAUCUGCGGGACCGAAGUUAGAGAAAAAAUGGCCUGCAGGAGCAAGGGGCGAGGAACCACUGCGAAGUACUGGUUUGAAACGUCCGCGAGAGGUUCAAGUCUCUGAUAUGUCCUCGUGGUUUUCAAUUAUGUCUCCUGCCAAGCGAAUCGCGCAACAAAACGGUGUGAUAAAGGUUGUGCCGCGGGCAGUCUCUGCAACUCCAGAAUCAGCUGCAAGUAUACUGCUAUCAAUACAAAUGGAAAGACAGCGGUGAACAGGGCUACCGUGAGCACUGGCAUCUCGAGGCUGCUGAUGAACUGGGUUGUGUGCCUUCUACCACCGCAAAUUUCUGGAUUCAACCAUAUUCAAAUGGGUCGCUGAUUAGUUUUUUCCAAUUUUUUUUGAACCUUGCGUUUUUUAGGGUCCUACACUUCUCAUCUAGAGGUAGGAUCUGUCCCCACGCAGGUACAAUUGAAAUUGCUGAAUAUUGUGCAUUUCAGGUGCCCAUCAUUUUGGUUAUGUAGUCUGGGAAGUUUGUAGGUGUUCAUUAGGUUAUAUCUGUAAUUUUUUCCUACAGUCGCUUUGUCUCCUCGACAACUCAGUAAACUUCAUGAUGGGAUGCGGAAAGUUCUGAAUUUUAUUGUUAUAUUCAGAAUGAGUAGCAUUUGUAAUGGUAUUAUUGCCAUCUUCUGGAUCUUUUAUCAGUGAAAGGAAAAACGAUAAUUAGUUGACACCUUUCCUACUC